GUGAUGGCAUCCUCUGCUCCAUCCUCCUCCAACGACAAUCAGGACUCCAACCCCACUAAUUUACGACCCACAACUUACGACACCUGGUGUGAUGUGGCUCAUGGAUGUACCAGAAAAAUUGGUCUCAAAAUAUGUGGGUUCUUGCAAAGGAACAACAGCCUGGAAGAUAAGAGCCGGAUUGUGAGCUCUCUCAAAGAAAGGCAAUCUUCCAAGAACCUGCUGGCUUGUGAGAACAGCGAGAGGGAAGCCAGGUUCAGGCGGGCCGAGACAGACUUCUCCAAUUUAUUUGCUAGAGAUUUGCUGCCUGCCAAGAAUGGCGAGGAGCAGACCAUGCAGUUCCUGCUGGAGGUGGUUGACAUUCUCCUGAACUACGUGAGGAAGACGUUCGACAGGUCCACCAAAGUCCUGGACUUCCAUCACCCGCACCAGCUGCUGGAAGGGAUGGAGGGCUUCAACCUAGAGCUCUCGGACAACCCCGAGUCCCUGGAGCAGAUCCUGGUGGACUGCAGGGACACGCUGAAGUACGGAGUCAGGACAGGUCAUCCUCGUUUUUUCAACCAGCUCUCCACUGGACUGGAUAUUAUUGGCUUGGCUGGUGAAUGGCUGACAUCAACUGCAAAUACUAACAUGUUUACAUAUGAAAUUGCACCUGUUUUUGUCCUCAUGGAGCAAAUAACGCUUCGAAAGAUGAGAGAGAUUAUUGGAUGGUCAAAUAAAGAUGGUGAUGGAAUAUUCUCACCUGGAGGGGCUAUAUCCAAUAUGUACAGCGUAAUGGCUGCUCGCUACAAGUAUUUCCCUGAAGUCAAAACUAAAGGCAUGGCUGCAGUUCCUAAACUGGUUCUCUUCACUUCGGAACAUAGUCACUACUCAAUAAAGAAAGCUGGGGCUGCACUUGGGUUUGGAACAGACAAUGUGAUUUUGAUAAAAUGCAAUAAAAGAGGGAAAAUAAUACCAGCUGAUUUGGAAGCCAAAAUUCUGGAAGCUAAGCAAAAGGGACAUGUUCCACUUUAUGUAAAUGCAACCGCAGGCACAACAGUGUACGGGGCCUUUGAUCCAAUAGAGGAGAUUGCAGACAUUUGUGAAAAAUAUAACCUCUGGCUCCAUGUAGAUGCUGCUUGGGGAGGUGGACUUCUAAUGUCCAGGAAGCAUCGUCAUAAGCUGAAUGGAAUAGAAAGAGCCAAUUCGGUCACAUGGAAUCCACACAAGAUGAUGGGAGUUUUGUUACAAUGUUCGGCCAUUCUGAUUCGGGAAAAGGGUAUACUUCAAGGUUGCAAUCAGAUGUGUGCAGGAUAUCUGUUCCAGCAAGAUAAACAAUAUGAUAUAUCCUAUGACACUGGAGAUAAAGCAAUACAAUGUGGUCGUCAUGUGGACAUUUUCAAAUUCUGGUUGAUGUGGAAAGCUAAGGGUACAGUAGGAUUUGAAAAUCAGAUCAACAAAUGUCUGGAAUUGUCAGAGUACCUCUAUACUAAAAUUAAAAACAGGGAAGAAUAUGAGAUGGUUUUUGAUGGAGAGCCUGAACACACAAAUGUAUGUUUCUGGUACAUUCCUCAGAGUCUCAGGGGCAUACCAGACUCUGAGGAGAGAAGAGAAAAGCUACAUAGGGUGGCACCAAAAAUCAAAGCUCUGAUGAUGGAGUCAGGUACCACAAUGGUUGGAUAUCAGCCACAGGCAGAUAAAGUCAACUUCUUCCGAAUGGUUGUCUCAAACCCGGCGGCAACUAAGUCUGACAUUGACUUCCUCAUUGAAGAAAUAGAAAGAUUGGGGCAGGAUCUGUAA